CAAGCAAUCCACUAGAGCACUUUCACUUUGAGCCGAGCCAGUCUGGGUGAGGAUACAAGGACAGAUCCAGAGGAGGGGGGGGGGACAGCGUCUCUUAUUCACCAACCAGUUUAAAAGGACCAAAGGAGUGUUUGAAAUUCAGGAAAGUUCUGGGCCGGCAGUGAAAAGAAGAAGAAAGUGGAAACAAAUAAAGAAGAGGGAGAGGAGAGAAGAAGGGAAAACAGCUUUGAAAAGGGAAAGGCUGCAGCCACUCAGGCAUUAGUGGGGAAAUCCAAAGUGAAAGAGAAUGAUGGCGUGAGAUGAUUGAUGAGCCAUAUUUUCUUUUUUGGAAAAUACCAAAUGGACCCAAAGAGGACAGACCUCCUGAGAGAUGUGAAUGAGAAGAUCAACCUUUAAAAGAGGCAGAUACGUGAUCUGUUGGCGACCUCAACAAACCCACAGAGGAAGAAACUUUGCCUUUCACAGACUGACACAGACAGCCAUCUGAAGAGUGAUUACGAUCAACAAGAGAAAUGGAGACGUGUCCAUUCAUGGAAAAAUAAGAGGAUGUCACUGCAAGUCUUACUGUUGCUAUUGCUGUUGAUUGUCCAAUGCGGCGGCUGUGACUUUGACCGGAAAGGUGUGGAGAACAUAAAGGCAACCAUUGAGUCUAAUCCCACUGGAUUUCGGACUGUAUUUCCUAAAGAUUACUAUGUAGUGCAUCAUUACACCAAAAGCAUGCUGUGUGAAACUGACCCGUGUUGCGUGUUCCCCGCAGCAGUGGUCCUCCUGGACUCCUGGAACGAGCUCCUCGGAAACCUCUGGGGCGAACACGUAAAUCGCUCCUUGAUCCUGGAGCUAAAGCUGACACUGGAUAAAAUUAUAGACAAGAAUAAAAACAUUGAGAGGUUCCAGGAGGAGACGGAUCUUUCCCAGUUCCCCACAUCGUCUUCCUCUCCAGAGGAGCUUCUGAAGCUAACAUCACAACUUUUUGAGCGAUGGCUUCAGGUUGGAUGCUCAUCUUAUACCGAGACUUGCUUUCCACCCACAUUGCCCCCGCCUGUUGUAAAAAAGGACUACAGACCCUCAAGGGCCAGGCUGUUGACCACCAGAGCCAUCAACAACCAGCACGAAGGACAACCAGACAAGAUGACGGACUAUAAACCUCUAUCGUCCGGUGGACCUGUAACCGUCUCCUACUCUGCCUUUGUCUGGAGCUCCUUGCUAUUUGGACUCUACUGGUAGUUGCUGCCACACCAACUCUUUUUCUUAAUUGAUGCACAUAUAAUGCAAAAAAAAACCAACAAAAUUUUUUGGCACUGAAUUUGUUUUAUUUUUUUUUAGUUAUGAUGCAGUAAAUUUGUUCACACAUGAAGUAACAUGCACAGGUUGCAUUUAAUGCCCAAAGUCAGUCUUUGUUUCCACUGUCCAACAGUGUCGUGUGAUCUCAAACGCACCUGAAGUCCUCCAGUCACUCGGACGAGCAAGAAGACGAGACUCUGAGAUCAGAUCAGAGAUAGUCGCCACUCGUGUGCGUUUUUAUUUCCGCUGUUUACAAAUGAAUGUUGUGAAAAACACAUAUAGUACCAUCUUUGGGAGUUGAUUUCUGUAAAUUAAAACCAUUUAGAUAUGUGUGUUAGUGUUUGUCUUACCUGAUGUAUUCAGAGGUUUUUAAGCUAUAUUUAUUACUGUUUGUCAUCAAAGACGGAAAAGCACAUUUACUCAAGUUUCAUAUCCGAAGGCAGUAAACAGAUAUUGUUUUAAGCCGACACAUAUACACAUCCAUGUACCAAUAUUACUAAUUUAAACAUCAAUAAGAAGCAUUUUUCUGCAUUUAAGUACUUUUGCUUUUGAUACAUUAGAGCUUGGAAGUCAUACAGCUUGAUAUUUUUCACUCAAAAGUAUUACUUCCUCUACAUUUUGUCAGUAAGAACUCUAGUUCUAUUAAUAUUAAGUGCUUUUUUUAUUUUACGGUCACCAGACGUCGGUAUUCAUGUGAAAUGGAUUGUUAAAAUUUGCAAAAGCAGCUCAUUUACAAGCAAAACAAUAAAAAUGGAACUGGAUGAAGUGGAGA